GCGGCGCGUGCGCGGGGCCGCGCGGCGGGUGCGGCGGAGCCGGGGCUGCCGGGGCUGCGGGCGCCAUGUCGGGCCGCUCGGUGCGCGCCGAGACCCGCAGCCGCGCCAAGGAUGACAUUAAAAAAGUGAUGGCGGCCAUCGAGCGCGUCCGCAGAUGGGAGAAGAAGUGGGUGACGGUGGGAGACACGUCCCUGCGGAUAUUCAAGUGGGUGCCGGUGGCGGACAGCAAGGAGAAAGAGAAAUCCAAAUCAAGUAGCAGCACUGCCCGAGAACCCAACGGCUUCCCAGCUGACACCUCUGCUAACUCCUCUCUCCUCCUGGAGUUCCAAGGUGCUGUUUCUGCAGAUGAGAACAGCAACCAGAGCUCCCUGUCGGAUGUCUACCAGCUCAAGGUGGACAGCAGCCCCAACUCCAGCCCCAGUCCCCAGCAGAGCGAGUCCAUGAGUCCUGCCCACACGUCCGACUUCCGCACGGAUGACUCGCAGCCCCCCACGCUGGGGCAGGAGACGCUGGAAGAGCCCUCUCUGCCUUCCUCGGAAGUUGCAGACGAGCCUCCCACUCUCACAAAGGAAGAGCCAGUCCCCCUUGAGACUCAGGUAACUGAAGAGGAGGAGGACUCUGGCGCGCCGCCUCUGAAGAGAUUUUGUGCCGAUCAGAACUCUGUGUGCCACACGGCCUCGGAGAGCUAGCCUGCCCCUGGAGAGCGCCUUCGCCAGCCCUCGCAGAGCCGCCCGGUGCUUCCCUCCAGCCCCACUCCCCAGGGACGGGGCCCCUGCCUCGCCAGCCAGCCAGCCUGCCCUCCCUGCCCUGCGGCAGGAGCCCCUGCCAGCCCCCGGGGCUGCCACCAGUACCUGCAGAUUUGCCUCUAUUUAUUGGCUCCCUCUCCCUGCUGAGCCGGGGGGCUCUGCCCGCGCAGGGGCAGUUGUCCGGGGAGCUCCCUGCUCCCUGGGGCCCCCCAGGCACCGGCAGAUGCUGUUUGCCUGCUCUUGGCUCCCCUGCCUGCCCUCCCGGGGGUGUCGGGAAGGGAAGAGCCACUUUCCACCUGCACCGAGAGAGGUGUCGGUUCCCUCGGGAGCGCAGGCGGGAGGCGGGGGGCUGUGAGGGAGGGGGCGCGGCUGAACCCUGCCCCGCCGCGGCGGGGACUCGCUGGGACGCUGUGCAAUAAGCUACUGGUUGAAGCCAUUGGUGUCGGGAGAGCCGGGCGCGCUCCCCCCGCCGGGGCAGGCAGUGCCCUGCCUCUGCUCCGCCCAGGAGAAGCCCCCCCCACCCCCGGAGGCAGACCCCCGGCCCGGGGGGGGUGCAGCCCGCUCACCUCCCCCCUGCCCUGGCCCCCCGAGAGCCGGCAGAGCGUGGGGGGGAUCCCUGCCCCGGCCUAGGUACCCCCCAUCCCCGGGACGGGGAAGGGAGCGGCAGGGCGCCGGGCCCCCCAGGCAGCCCCCAGACCCCCCGUGCCCCCUCCCCCGCCCCCCCCGCCGCCACUGCAUGUCCCGCCGAGUCUGCGAUCGAGCCUGGCGAAGCCGAAGGCGCGGCCGCGCGUGGAAGUGGAAAGUUAUUUUAGCACUGAAUAGAAUAUUUUUAAAAUUAAAACUAUUUGAAAUACAGCGCCCGGUGUCUGCGGGGGGGGCGGGGGGGGGGGGGCGGGGCGGGAAGGGGCGGGAGCGCCCCGGGAGCGCGGGAAGCGCCGGGACCCGCCGGGACCCGCCCCCUCCGCUCGGUCUCCGCUCUCGCCUGGUGCCACCGGCACCCCCGGGAAGGUAGGGUCGCCCCGGCUCCCCUCCCCCCAGCCCACCCCCGGUUCCCGUGUGCCCCGGCAGCCCCGGCUCCCUCCGCGGGGUCCGGCAGGGCCGGGCGGGGGCAGCGAGGGGGGCUGCGUCCCCGGGCGGGGGUCGGUGGGACCGGCCCUGCAGCCGGGAGGUGUUUGGGAAGGAGCCUCAAGAUGACGAGUUGAACCCGAUACGCCACAGAGGCCGAGGAGCUUCGUUAUCGGGACAUCCGAGGGCGUCUUUGUAACCGUCCGGCUUUGGUUUGCUUGUCCGUUGCCAAUAAUGAUUUUUGUUUUCCUGUUUAUUAAAUCUAGCGUGUGAACCUCA